GUGAGGCUUGAGCGCGGAGCAGGAUUGUGCGCAGCGGGGCAGUGCAAUGCGCUCUCACCCUCUACUGUCCGGAUCCUGGGGUGCUUUCUGCAGCAUGGGUGCACAAGAAGAGCGCUACCGUCUGUGCAGUCACCUUUUCUUUAUAUAAGCAGUGGAAUUCGCGUUUCUUCUGCCACUUUGGAUGGCAUCCUGAGCGAGGAGGAGCCCCUGUGUGCGUGCGUGCGUGCGUGCGUGUGAGAGUGUGUGAGUGUGUGUAACAGCAGAGCGCUUCAUCCUCCCAGCUCCUGGGUUUAGCUCUUCAGCUAGCUAAGGGAAUGAGAAAGUGCAGGUGUGCAGAAGGGUGAGUUUCAAGCUGCACUUUGCUUUUGGACAAUAGAAAUUGAGAUCGGAGAGAGAGAGAGAGAGAGAGAGACAGAGAGAGAGAGAGAGAGAGAGAGAGAGACAGACAGAGGGGCUCAGUCUAACAGGAGGGACUUAGUAAUAAAGUCGAGAAAGCCGAAGAAUAAGAAAAAGGCUGCAAGCUGUGACAAGGAGCAGAGAGCUUCUGUGCAACAUCUCCACAUCUCACUGGAUCCUACAUUAAAUACCUCAGGAAAACAAAAUGUCAUCGCAAACGAAAUACAAGAAGGACAAGGAGAUCAUUGGGGAAUAUGAAACGCAAGUUAAAGAGAUCCGUAAUCAGCUGGUGGAGCAGUUUAAGUGUCUGGAGCAGCAGUCGGAAUCUCGGAUCCAGCUGCUGCAGGACCUGCAGGAGUUUUUCCGCCGCAAAGCCGAGAUUCAGCUGGAGUAUUCGCGCAGCCUGGAGAAACUAGCCGAGAGGUUCUCGUCCAAGAUUCGCUCCUCCAGAGAACACCAGCAGUUCAAGAAAGACCAGCACCUCCUGUCUUCAGUGAACUGCUGGUACCUGGUUUUGAAUCAGACCCGCAGAGAAAGCCGAGACCACGCCACACUCAACGACAUCUACAUCAACAAUGUCAUUGUCCGCCUGGCGCAGAUCAGCGAGGAUGUCAUUCGCCUCUUUAAAAAGAGUAAAGAAAUUGGCAUUCAGAUGCAUGAAGAGUUGGUGAAAGUGACAAAUGAGCUAUACACGGUGAUGAAGACCUACCACAUGUACCACACAGAGAGCAUCAGCGCCGAGAGCAAGCUGAAGGAUGCUGAGAAGCAGGAGGAGAAACAGUACAGCAAGUCCGGAGACCUGAACGUCAACCUCCUGCGGCAUGAGGAGCGCGCCCAGCGCCGCAGCUCUGUCAGGAAGAUCGAGAAGAUGAAGGAGAAGAGACAAGCCAAAUAUUCCGAAAACAAGCUGAAAUGCACAAAAGCUCGCAACGACUAUUUAUUGAAUUUGGCAGCCACCAACGCUGUAGUGGCAAAAUACUACAUUCACGAUGUCUCCGACAUGAUUGACUGCUGUGACCUUGGUUAUCAUGCUAGCCUGGCACGCACAUUAAGGACUUAUCUCUCUGCGGAGUACAACCUCGAGACUUCUCGCCAUGAAGGCCUGGACCUGAUCGAGAGCGCCGUGGACAACCUGGACUCCCGCAGUGACAAGCACAAGAUCAUGGACAUGUACAACCAGGUGUUCUGUCCUCCCAUGCGCUUCGAGUAUCUGCCUCACAUGGGAGAUGAGGUGUGCCAGGUGAGUGCUCAGCAGCCAGUCCAGACGGAGCUCCUGAUGCGCUACCAUCAGCUGCAGUCCCGCUUGGCUACACUGAAGAUCGAGAACGAGGAGGUGCGCAAGACCCUGGAUGCGACAAUGCAGACGCUGCAGGACAUGCUGACCGUGGAGGACUUUGACGUGUCUGAUGCCUUCCAGCACAGCCGAUCCACAGAGUCCAUUAAAUCAGUGGCAUCUGAAGGCUACAUGAGCAAACUGAACAUCGCAAAGAGACGCUCCAACCAGCAAGAGACUGAGCUCUUCUACUUCACAAAAUUCAAAGAGUACCUGAACGGAAGUAACCUCAUCAUUAAACUGCAGGCCAAGCACGACCUCCUGAAGCAGACGCUGGGGGAAGGAGAACGGGCUGAGUGUGGAACAACAAGACCCCCUACCCUACCCCCGAAACCGCAGAAACUACGGAAACCCCGGCCACGCUCCGUCUAUAAUCAUAAGCUGUUUAACGGAAAUAUGGAGACCUUCAUUAAGGAUUCAGGUCAGCCCAUUCCUCUUGUGGUGGAAAGCUGCAUUCGAUACAUCAAUCUGUACGGUCUGCAGCAGCAAGGCAUAUUCCGAGUUCCUGGAUCUCAGGUGGAAGUCAACGAUAUUAAAAAUUCAUUUGAGAGAGGUGAAGACCCACUUAUCGAUGAUCAGAGUGAUCAUGACAUAAACUCAGUGGCAGGGGUUCUGAAGUUGUACUUCAGAGGCUUGGAGAACCCACUCUUCCCUAAGGAACGCUUCCUGGACUUCAUCUCCACCAUUAAGCUCGAUUCAUCCGCUGAAAGAGUCCAUCACCUUCAGCAGAUCAUAGUCACUCUUCCACGUACCAUCAUGAUCGUCAUGAGAUACCUGUUUGCAUUCCUCAAUCAUCUGUCGCAGUACAGCGAUGAGAACAUGAUGGAUCCCUACAACCUGGCCAUCUGCUUCGGCCCCACUCUGAUGCCCAUCCCGGACGGACAGGACCCUGUAGCCUGUCAGGCCCACGUGAAUGAAGUCAUCAAGACCAUCAUCAUCCACAGUGAGGUCAUCUUCCCAAGCCACCGGGAACUUGAGGGCCCCGUAUAUGAGAAGUGCAUGACAGGAGGAGAGGAGUACUGCGAUAGCCCGCACAGUGAACCAGGCACCAUUGAUGAGGCGGACAACGGAACUGAGCCACACACCAGUGAUGACGAGGUGGAGCAGAUAGAAGCAAUCGCUAAAUUUGACUACGUAGGGCGCACACCGCGAGAGCUCUCCUUUAAGAAGGGAGCAUCCUUGCUGCUCUACCAUAGAGCAUCAGAGGACUGGUGGGAAGGCAGACACAACGGAGUGGACGGUCUCAUCCCUCAUCAGUACAUCGUAGUGCAGGAUCUGGACGACGCCUUUUCUGAUAAUCUAAGCCAGAAGGCAGACAGUGAGGCAAGCAGUGGGCCACUGCUAGACGACAAGGCCUCGUCCAAAAAUGACCUCCAUUCACCUUGUGAGACAGCACCAGAGUAUAACUUCAGUGCAGUGAUGGGCAGGGUACGUUUGCGAUCGGAUGGUGCGGCUAUCCCACGGCGUCGCAGUGCUACAGAGAGCCACAGUCCUCCACGUGGUUCUGACACACCUCCUCGUGCAGCUGCAUGUCCCAGCAGCCCCCACAAAGCCAUGCUGAGCAGCAGGAGCCGCGUGGAGAGUCCUGAUAAGAGACGCCUGGGCACAUUUGGCAGCGCUGGCACUAUAAACUACCCUGAGAGAAAGGUUUAUGGAGAAGGCCAUCCUCUGAGACCGAGCACUGGCACACGCCACAGCAGCCUGGGAGACCAUAAGAGCCUGGAAGCUGAGGCCUUAGCUGAGGAUAUAGAGAAGACGAUGAGUACAGCUCUGCACGAGCUGCGUGAGCUGGAACGUCAGAACACAGCCAAGCAGGCCCCGGACGUGGUGCUGGACACACUGGAGCCACUGAAAAAUCCUGUAAGCUCGGAGCCGGCCAGCCCCUCACAUACCAUCGCCAUCCGCGACCCUGAGGCGGCUCUGAGACGUGGAAGCAGCUCCUCCUCCAGUGCUGCUGAGACCAUGAUGAUGAGCACAUUCAAACCAGCGCUGUGUGCCAGGCUGCCCAGUGCCCAGCUGCGACCUCCAGCUAUAAGGCCCGUACGCCCCGUGCCCUCUCAGCAGCAGCGAUCCAGCAGCUCUGGCUCGUCCGGAGUGGGCAGCCCUGCCAUCACCCCUACUGACAAGAGCUUUCCCAGCAGCCCCUCCUCUAACACAGCCGACAAACAUGGAGGCAGCAUGUAGCUCCUCCAGGAGUCAGGGUCAGGGUUGGCUCUCCGAUUUGUAAUUCAGCCAGCCUUAGGAAGACCGAAUUGAAGGGGGAAAUCUUUCACAAGUUUUUUUUUAAUUAUUAUAUUAGGUAUAGAAUUUUGAAAUUCAGAAUGAGCCUCAGAACACUCCAGAAGUGAGCUGUGGUUACUAAGGCAACAAGGCAUAUGAAGUCACGAAGUUUACUUUUAUAGCACUCAGUGUGGUAAAACAUGAGGUGUAAAAAAAAUACUGGAAAAUAAUAACAGCUGUGUACCACAUACAGUAGGGUCUAAAAGAGUCCACAACUAAAAACGGAUUUUAUCUGUGUUAGUUGGAGUACAAGUGAAUACAUUUUUACAAGAUUACAAAGAAAGAAAGUUUGCAAUUUACUGAAACCAUAGCUAUGAUAAUGCAUAACACAGAGGGCCAUAAUAAUUAAAUCAAGUUUAGCUGUAACGUGUUAAUAGUAUAUCUGUGUUAACGAUUUAAUUGAAAUAUAUGGCAUUCCACCUCUUAAAAAGAAAGCAAAUGGCAUGCAAACUGGAUAUUCAGCUAUAUUUCAGUUCAAUAUGAUGAACUUCUAAAUUUUAAAACAUGUAUUCUCAAAUAAUACAUAUUAACUAAGUGGAUUUUUGUAUUUGCUUUUAAUAUGUGGAGCAAGUACAAACAUUUUAGAAGUGGAGUCUGUGUUUUGGACCCUACAGUAUAUAUUAUUAUAUAGUAGAAGUGUAUCUGUGUGAAUAUACACACAUACACAUAUAUAUAUACCCACAUAUAUCACUAUCUAUAUGUGUAUUUAAAUAUAGAUUAUACCAACAUCUUAAUCAGAAAUGUUCAUGAUAAGUCACCCUCUUAGGCCAGUCACACACAGUAGAGCAAUACUAAACGAAAUUGCUGUUUGUUUCUCUCUGCACUGCUCGGCCAGAGGUGUUGUUAUUGAGGGGGUGGAGCUCUCUCUCAGGGGAGGUCCCAUAUAGCCCCUCCCCUAAAACCUGACUGUUGCUCAAAGCAGCCUGUGACUCCAAGACCGCCCACAUGGGUUGUUGUAAAUAGAGAUAUACUGUACUUGAACUGGUAAUGCCUUUUGUUUUGUAGUAUAAGGGAUGUUCAGUUAAGUAACAACAUAGCCAAGUUGUAAACAUAUAUGAGAUGCAGAAACUGAAACCAAUAUUCAUUACCAACUAAUUGUAAGAAACCUGUGGUAAAGAUGUAGUUUACUUUGUAUAUAAUUUUUAAGUAGGUUGUUUAUGUCAAACAUGUAUAUUUAGGGACAGAACAGGCAAGAAUACAUGGCAUUUCACAAAAACCAGUCACAACCAGCAAACAAAGAUUGCAUUCAUAAAUAUGGGUACUUUGUGUUCCCUGUCUGAGCCAUUACUUCUAAAUAUAUUCCAUUUUAUUCUGUCUUCAUCAAAAAAGCAUUUCUGAAACUCAUAAAUUUUAAACACACUUGGACCAAGCCAGUCAUUCCUAUUUAACCAAUCCCAUCUUUUCAUAAGGAGCCUUCAGGUUCUUUGGGUACACUUGUAGAAAAUGGUCCCUCAACAGGAUAUUCAAGGGUGCUUAGCUUCCUAAAAUGGUUCUACUUGGAAACUCUUCUGAUAGGGAAACCCUCUUUUGUACAUACCAGGACAAGGGACGUGCCGAAGAACUCCUAAUCUUUUUUUUUUUUUUUUUUUUCCAGACUACACUCAUAAGGUGUAAAUGUUGAUUUUCUUGAAUAAUGUCUUAGUUAAGGAAACUGUUAACACCCGAUGAUUAUAUUCAUCUUGAACGUAUCCAACAAAGACAUAUAUUAUUGUAGCUAUACCUUACAAGGACAAUGUGUAACCAUAUUUUCUCAACGGUUGUAGGUGGUGCUGUAGCCUACUGAAAUGUUUACAGAAAAAUAUUACAAGUAGCACAUGUGGAAAAAAGCAAAACAAACAAAAAAAAAUUUUUGUACAACACCUAGUCAAUAUAUUAUUAAACUCUUACUCCUGCCACAAACCUACAAACCACUUCGAGAUAGAUUUGUACACAUAUUGUACAUCUGUACACAUACUGUACACAUACAUGACCAGUUAAUCCUCAAUAACAUCAAUGUGUUAUUAUUUAUACCAUUAUUAAUAUGAGUUGCUUUCCCAAGACCUUAAAGGGCUUGAGUACUCUAUAUUUCUAACACAUGGGGUUAUGUAGAGAUAUAGAGAGCCUUGCUAAUCCCAGAUUGAUAAUUCCCACUUCAAUGCAAAGCAGACUCUGCAGGGAAUGUCUCACUUGCCCCCAUUCUGUCACAUAAAUUCCAGUUCAUCUUCAGCUGGUUUCCAGAUCUCCCCCUCGUCCUGCUCACUGCACUUGGAGGAGGAAUUCUUACUCAGGCACGAUGAUUGCCCGACUGAACCAAUUAUCCGCUUCAGUCAGUCUCUAAUCUCAUCUUCACCGCAGAUAAUCAAACAUGUCCACUUUUUUUUGCCUUCUUAUUUGCCGACUCUUGCCUGUUCUGCUCUAAUUGACAGUAUGUAAAUGCUUGUAUAGUUGCAAGAAAAAUUCUGCUGGGAAAAAGUACUGUUACUGCACACUUUGCUUGGUUUGUAAUGUGAUGAUGUUUAGAGAGUGGAGCCCUUGUCUUAAUGUAUCAACAGCACAGACAUCUUUAUCUCUCUCAUUAUUUAGGCCUUUGGUUCAAACACGCACAGGCAUCUUUGUCUGAGUCUUAGCCCUGAUCAAUGUGCCAUUCUUUUAUGUUGCAUUACAAUGACUUGGCCCUUAUCUUACUGUCAGCAUUUUAUACCCGGUUAUAUAAGCAACCAGUAAUUAGUGGACAGUCACUAAUUACUGCUCAGCUAGCUCGGCCUCAUCUUCUGCAUGGACUUUCAUUGUGCAUGUGAGGGUGAAAGAUGUGCAUGUGCUUCUCUGAGACAAUGCAAUUGUGCCUUUCUCAGAUCUACCACACAGUCCUUUAAAAGGAGACAAGGAAGGUCAUUCAUCAUACUAGCAUAGCAUUAUUGUGACACUUCACACACUGAUUCAUACAUAUGAAAUAUGAUGUCAAGCCAGAGAAAGUGAGAAAGGCAUUCUCAUACAUAUUUUUCAGUUAUACAGGUCCAGUGUGGCUGUUUUAAGGUUUCUGUGCCUUGAGGCGUGCCUCUGUAAGAAAGCACCACUAACAGUUAGAAACACUCGCCCCUUAACAAAACUCUGCUAAAUUGUACCUUUCCUUUUAGGAUGUUACCAUCAAGUGCGCAUCUUUUGUACUUUUAGUUUGUUUGGUUUUUUGUUUGUUUUUAGUUAAUUUGUAAGUUUAAUACCUGGGAAGGUGCAUGUAGUGUGCCUUUAAAAAUUUAAUCUCAAACUUGCAUAACAAUACAACAGGGUCUCUAAGCUUCAGUAAGCUUAGCGUGUAUAUAAAUAUAUAUAUAUAUAUAUAUAUAUAUAUAUAUAUAUAUGUGUGUGUGUGUGUGUGUGUGUGUGUGUUAGUUUUUAAACGUAAAUAAAUACAUAAAAGGGUGGUAUCGUUGCCAUCUCACAGCCUACUGUCUGUGUGGAGUUUUGCAUGAUUGUCCCGUGUCCACAAAGGUUUGAACAAUCAUGAAAAAUCUUGCAUGUAGGUGGACUGGCUACACUAAAUUGCCUCUAGGUGUGAAUAAGUGUGUGAAUGUGUGUGUGCAAUGUGCCCUGUGAAGGACUGGCAUCCCAUUCAUGCUUCACACCCAGUGUUCCCUGGAUAGCCUCUGGAUAAUAAUAAUAAUAAUAAUAAUAAUAAUAAUAAUAAUAAUAAUACAGGUACAAAUGAUGUAGUCUUGAGGGUCACACUUCAGUGAGGAAAGGUAUGGUUUAGUACUUUUAUUUAUGUGACUUUUAUUAUGUGAUAUUGUGGCGCUCUGAUGAGUAGUCAUUAAUUAGAUCCACUUCCACUCUGACUGGUGAUUCCUCUGGUGUCUUUGUUUGGAAAGCAUGGAGACUGUCUUUGGUCCUGCAGCAGGUCCUGCACUGCCCUCUGGAGGCUGGAAAGAGUUUCCUCUGUGCUCUUCAUCUCCCUCUACUGGAAAAUGCUGGAUUUAUGUGUUUAAUCAGAGAGCUGUCACAUAUGGAGUAAAGCAAUUUGUCUGUGUAGAGUACACCGUUAAAUUAAAAUUGGCACUAAACAGUUGUGCAUCAUUACAGUGAAUCACACAAUGUAUCAUCUAUGUAUAUGGACACACUGCCCUCCACCCUGGCAUUAGUCAUGAUGUUAAAUCAGUAAUACUAAUUUGGUUGUUCUUGAUCUCAUUUGAAACAUUGACCACUAACAGCUACUCCAGAUAUGAGCACAAACAGCACAAUUCCAAAUUACCAUAAAGUAAAUGACUGUAUUAUCUAUGUUAUGUGUCAAACUUUAUUUUUACUUACCUUUUAACAAUUUUGUGGCGCAUUCAUUUUUGUUGACUUUGAUAAACUGUUUUGAUUAUGAUCAAGGUUCUUGGAGUUUAUCGUAUUAUAAAUUGAUAAUAAUCAGGAACGUCUGGUCAGCUAUCAGCAGAUGGCUUGUUGCCCUGCAUUGGAUUCUUUGAAAGUGCUCAUGAGUAGGAGCUGUUGAACUUGUUGCUAGAGAUUAAUGACAGAUGUAUGAAGGCUGCAGUCCAUAUCACACCAUACUGAGGUUUUAAUAAUCACCAUCUGUUUCUUGUGUGUUAUAUAAUUCCUACCAUUCCUGUCUCCUCUCCGUAUGACCUGAGACUGUGCUGCACAAAAGCUUUGACUUUCUGCUCUUCGUAUAAUCCUUCUACCUAUCCUUUUAGCUAAUGCAUUGCAGUAUUUAAGGCCUAGUCAAAUCUUCUAUGGUACUUGCACGAUUACUGAGGCACUUGGUGCACUCCUGUCCAUUACGGACUGUAUGUGGACCAUGAAUUCUGAAAGUUUUUUUUUUUUUUUCUGUCAGUUUGAGAACGUAUGCUCUAAUGGGUGUUUAUUGUAUGUAUGCUUGAUUGUAUGUAUGCUAAGGUAACAGACUUCCUCCUUCUCUAGACACAGCAUUCAUAAAGCCAAACUUGCGUCUGUCUGUAUUAGUGAGUUGUGAAUAUUGACAUACUGUUUUUCGCCCUCCUAUUAACCCUUCUGUCUAAUGAUGCUGUUUGUUCAUGAGUGUUUGGAUGGUUGAUUCCUCCCUGUGUAGGUUAACUGUACACCAUGCCACUGUUUGGAUGUGAAGAAUUCUCAAAUCCAAAAUAAAAACAACUGACUUUUUUUGACAACUUA